AAAGUAAUCGGCCCGAUUUCCCCUUUAGGCUUUCCGACUGUACUUAGCCCUGAGAGGGGUUGCAAGGCAUAUAAAGUCGCAAGGACCAUAGUAAGGUCGAUGAAAAAAGAUAUAUGUGAUCUAACAGCAUUCCUAAAUUGGUUUACCAUGGCUAUGUCACGAGUUCUUUCACGAACGGCCGUUCGGGCUGUUACUACUUCGAGUUCCGUUCAAACAACUAAGGCAGCGGGAGAUAUAUCGAGCGUUUUCCCGAGUUUAAGACCGGACUAUAAGCCGGAGCCACUGCCGCCACGGUUUAAGGAUCUAAAGUCUCAGUAUUUCCUGAAAAAUGAAGAGGCAUUGACAAAGAGCUGGAAGAGGCUACUUCCCAGCUUAGAAGAGGAAGUUGAUAAGAUCAAGUCAAAAGGAAGCGAUAUUAUCCCUUCCGUGGAUUAUGCAGAUAUCAUAUCUAGCAAUGUAUCUGACAAGGUACUUGCGGAAAUCCGUCACCGUGGAACCGUGGUGGUCAGAAAUGUGCUACCUCGUGGAGUCGCCAGAGAAUACAAGGAGCGCAUUGAAGACUAUGUUGCUGCCAACAAAGAGCGCGUGAAGGCAUUUCCGCCCGAGUCCCCUGCAGUAUACGAACUGUACUGGACUCCCUCACAGGCAGAAGCCCGGGCACACCCUAAUAUGCUUGGUACACAGCGCUUUUUGCAGCGUUUAUGGCAUUCAUCCGACCCUAAUACAAAAAUCUCCACUCGAAAUCCUCUUACAUACGCCGACCGACUCCGGAUCAGAAUGCCUGGAGAUUCUAAGUUCACCCUGGGCCCCCAUGUAGAUGGUGGUUCGCUUGAACGUUGGGAAGACCCUGAGUAUUCUCGAGUUUACACCAAGAUCCUUGAGGGCAAAUGGGAAGAAUACGACCCCUGGGACUCGAAGCAUCGCAUCGCAGCUAAGAUGGAUUUGUACAACGGUGCUGGAGCAUGUUCCAUGCUGAGGUUCUUCCAAGGAUGGCUUUCCAUGUCUAAAACCGCCCCGGGUGAGGGCUCGUUGCAUGUUUGCCCCAUGAUCGUCCACAGCACCGCCUAUACCAUCCUCAGACCAUUCUUUGACCCUCAAACGUCGCAGCCCUCCUUAGAUGCCACAUUCCCAGGCUCUGUCCCAGGCGCUUGUCAAGAGUACAACCCAGUCACCCAUCCCCACCUGGGGCUUGAGAGCACAAUGGUGUCAGUUCCUGAGGUCGAACCUGGUGACUAUGUCGCGUGGCAUUGCGACUCUCUGCACUCAGUUGACAAGGAACACCGGGGCACAGGAGACUCUAGUGUUCUCUAUAUCCCCGCCACUCCCAUGUGUGACAUGAAUGUGGACUAUCUGCUUAAGCAACGCAAGGCGGCUCAGGCUUACUCCCCACCUUGGGAUUUCCCAGGUGCUGGUGGACCCGGUGAGAUUGGCUUUAAAGGUGCACUUGAUUGGGACUCACUCAAUCCAGAGGGUUUACGUGCUAUUGGUCUAGGCGAUAAGCCAUGGGAGAUCACCCCCGAAAUGGCUGAAGGUGAGAAACAGGUUGUUGAAGCGGCCAACAAGGCCUGCUUUGGCCAGGCAUGAAGUUUUGCAUGAUUUCUAAGAUUUCUCCUUCCUUUCCUUCGUAUUUAUCUCGAGAUAUCUUUCGGGUUUAUAGAUUGCACCAAUUGGCGACAAUAUUUUGUAUUAUAUAGAUGGAAAGGAAUGGAUAGUAUAGCGAGAAUGUAG